GUUAUUCUGUGGUCAUCAGCUUUUUGUUGUUAUGACAAAAUAUCUGAGAAAUUCAACUUAAGAGGAGGAGAGAUUGACUUUGCUCGUGGUUUCAGUCUAUAGUCACUUGACCCAUUUGCUGUGGGCCUGUGGUGGGGCAGAACACCAUGGUGGAGGGGGUGGGACACAGCAACGCUAUUUCCUUCAUGAGGGCAGGGAAAUUACAAGAAAGAGCAGGAAAGGACCGGGGACAAGAUAUAGUCCCCAAGAGCAUGCCCCCAAGGUCCUGCUUCCUCCAACCUGUUCCACCUCCUAUAGUUUCCAUCACUUCCCAAUAAUCCAUUUAGCUGUGAAUUCCUCAGUGGAUUAACCCCCCAUGAGGUCAGUCCUCAUAAUCCAAUUGCUUCCCCAAGUCCCCACCUCUGAACAUGGCUCUAUUGGCAAUGAAGCCUUUAACACACGAGCUUUCAGGGACAGUCCAUGUCAUGGAGUUCUCCAGAGAUGCAGACACAGAUACAUGAGAGAAAUGAACACGCCCACGAAUGCUAGAUGCCUGUGAGCUCCCUGGGCGGCACUGGAAAGGCAGAGUGGAGGCCUCCGAGUACCGGCUCCUUGCCCUGGGUCUUGGCGCUGCCCCUGCUGCUCGCGGUCCGCCAUGGAGACGCUGUCCCAGGAUUCGCUGCUGGAAUGUCAGAUCUGCUUCAACUACUACAGCCCCCGGCGGAGGCCCAAGCUGCUGGAAUGCAAACACACCUGCUGCUCCGUGUGCCUGCAGCAGAUGAGGACGAGCCAGAAGGACGUGAGGUGCCCCUGGUGCCGCGGCAUCACCAAGCUGCCCCCUGGCUUCUCCGUGUCGCAGCUGCCCGAUGACCCCGAGGUCCUGGCCGUCAUCGCCAUUCCGCACACCUCCGAGCACACCCCGGUCUCCAUCAAACUUCCUAGCAAUGGGUGCUACAUGCUGCCCUUGCCCAUCUCCAAGGAGCGCACCCUGCUGCCCGGAGACAUGGGCUGCCGCCUGCUCCCCGGGAGCCAGCAGAAGUCCGUCACGGUGGUGACCAUCCCUGCGGAACAGCAGCCGCUGCAAGGCGGGGCUCCGCAGGAGGCGGUGGCCGAGGAGCCGGACAGGCGGGGCGUGGCGAAAAGCUCCACCUGGUCGGGCGUGUGCACUGUCAUCUUGGUGGCCUGUGUCUUGGUCUUCCUCCUGGGCAUCGUGCUCCACAACAUGUCUUGCAUUUCGAAGCGCUUCACUGUGAUAUCCUGUGGCUGAGGCGGGGUGCAGGGAAGGCUCUUGUGGGUGCCAACUUAGGGGUUGAGUAGGUGUUGGUGACGGGAUCCCAGCGAGAUGAUGGGGGGGGGGGCGACACUGACCAUUUGGUGCUGAGCGCUGGCCUCUGGGUGGCCACUUGAUUCACCUGAAGACAGAUGCCUAGGGAGGAAGGUGACGUCUCUACAAGAUGCCAGGUGAAUUGUUCUGAGUGUGGAUGGCAAGGGCUUUGAAGAUGAUUGCAUGCAUCCUCAUAAUCAUGAACUAAACGGGCUGUGACUUAUGAGUUUUCAAGAUCAUGUUAUGAGAUAGACAUACUCUCCUUAGACCUUAAACUCUACAUGUGCAUACCAUGUGAUCUCUAAAUGCGGUAGAUGAAAAUAAAGAUGCUGUGUAUACAAGUAGAA